AUGGCGCGACAAAUGACGUCAUCUCAGUUCCACAAAUCAAAGACUCUCGACAACAAAUAUAUGCUUGGGGAUGAGAUUGGUAAAGGAGCAUAUGGUCGAGUUUACAUAGGAUUAGACCUGGAGAAUGGAGACUUUGUCGCCAUUAAACAAGUCUCCUUGGAGAAUAUUGUUCAAGAGGAUCUCAACACCAUCAUGGUUUGUUUCCUUCUUUGUCCUUCUAACAUGAUGUUUCUAAUGCAGAACUUGAACCAUAAAAACAUUGUCAAGUAUCUUGGCUCCUUGAAGACAAAGACUCACCUUCAUAUUAUCCUGGAGUAUGUGGAGAAUGGAUCUCUUGCUAACAUUAUCAAACCAAAUAAAUUUGGACCUUUCCCAGAAUCAUUGGUCACUGUUUACAUUGCACAGGUCUUGGAAGGUUUAGUAUAUCUGCAUGAGCAGGGUGUCAUACACCGUGAUAUUAAGGGUGCAAAUAUUUUAACCACAAAAGAGGGCCUUGUUAAGCUUGCUGACUUUGGGGUUGCCACUAAACUAAACGAGGCUGAUGUUAACACUCACUCAGUAGUUGGAACUCCUUACUGGAUGGCGCCUGAGGUUAUUGAAAUGUCAGGGGUUUGUGCUGCUUCUGACAUUUGGAGUGUUGGAUGCACUGUUAUCGAACUUUUGACAUGUGUACCUCCUUACUAUGAUCUGCAACCCAUGCCUGCCCUCUUCCGUAUUGUUCAGGAUGAUAGCCCUCCUAUUCCUGAUAGUCUCUCUCCAGAUAUUACAGACUUCCUUCGACAGUGUUUCAAGAAGGAUUCUAGGCAGAGGCCUGAUGCUAAGACACUGCUCUCUCACCCUUGGAUACGGAACUCUAGACGAGCAUUGCAGUCAUCACUUCGGCAUAGUGGAACCAUCAAAUAUAUGAAGGGAGCUGAUUCUAGUUCAGAGAAAGACGGAGAAGGUAAUCAAGAUGUAGCUGAGAGCAUUUCAGCAGAAAAAGUGGGGAUGUCAAAAAGGAACUCGAAAAGCAAAUUACCUGGUGUGGCGAGUUUUAGGUCUGAGAAAGAUCAGUCUUCAGCCAGUGAUUUUGGUGACGAAAGAGCAGAUUCCGAAGACGAUAUCAUGUCAGAUCAAGUUCCUACGUUAUCUAUCCAUGAUAAGUCUUCUCUUCAGUCAAGUACUUGCAGUAUAUCUUCGGAUGCCAAGGGGACAUCUCAAGAUGGGAAAUCUGAACAUGAUGAAGAUUUUGAAACGAAAGCUUCUGCAGGUAGAAGAAAAACUUCAGCAACAAAGCAGGUUGGAAAAGAAUGUUCCAUCCCGGUGGCGCAGAGAUCACAUAGUUUUGGCCCAAAAGGUGAAGAUCGUGGGCUUCGAAAGGCUGCGAAGACUCCAUCUAGUUAUGGUGGGAAUGAACUAACUAGAUUUAGUGAUCCUCCCGGGGAUGCUUGUUUGCAUGAUUUGUUUCAACCAUUGGAUAAAGUUCCCGAGGGAAAACUAAAUGAAGCCUCAGCAUCAACGCCUGCAUCAAAUGUCAAUCAGGGUGAUUCUCCUGUGGCAGAUGGUGGAAAGAAUGACCUGGCAACAAAGUUGAGGGCUAGAAUUGCGCAGAAGCAAAUGGAAGGUGAAACUGGCCAUUCAAAUGAUGGUGGUGAUCUUUUCCGGUUAAUGAUGGGUGUUUUGAAAGAUGAUGUUAUUGACAUUGAUGGCUUGGUAUACUCUAACUCAAUCAUGCAGGCAGUUGAGUUUAGCAGAUUGGUGAGCUCCUUACGGCCAAGUGAAACAGAAGAUGCAAUAGUAACUUCAUGUCAGAAACUUGUUGCCAUGUUCCGUCACAGACCUGAGCAGAAAGUAGUGUUUGUGACACAACAUGGUUUUCUCCCUGUAAUGGAUCUACUUGAUGUUCCUAAAUCUCGUGUAACAUGUGCCGUGCUGCAGCUGAUAAACGAAAUUAUAAGAGAUAACACUGACUUCCAGGAAAAUGCAUGUCUUGUUGGGCUCAUACCUCUGGUAGUGAGUUUUGCUGGUCCUGAGAGGGAUCGAUCUAGAGAAAUACGUAAGGAAGCAGCCUACUUCUUGCAACAGCUUUGUCAGUCAAGCUCCUUGACAUUGCAAAUGUUCAUAGCUUGUCGUGGAAUACCAGUUUUGGUGGGUUUUCUUGAAGCAGAUUAUGCCAAAUACAGGGAGAUGGUUCACUUAGCUAUUGAUGGGAUGUGGCAGGUUUUUAAACUCAAAAGAUCCACCCCAAGAAAUGAUUUCUGUCGUAUAGCUGCAAAGAAUGGAAUUCUCCUUAGGCUGAUCAACACUCUUUAUAGCUUAAACGAGGCAACUCUACUAUCUUCUGAAGGACUCUCUGGUCAACUUAACCCUAACAAUUCAAUUUUUGGUCAGCAUGAGACUUCACUCAAUGUGAUUGAUCAUCCUGAUAUGUUCAAAAGUAGGCAUGGAGGUGGUGAAGAGCCUUCUCAUGCUUCAGCUACAACUUCUCAAAGAUCAGAUGUCUAUCAACCAGAUGGUGAUAGGCCUAGAUUAAGCAGUGCUGCUGCACUAGAUGUCACAGAAGAUGUUAGACCAAAUCAUAGGAUAUCCUUCUCUUCCAACAGAACAUCCACAGACAAGCUUCAGAAACUUGGGGAGGGUGUCUCUAAUGGAUUUGCUGUUACUCAUCCAGAACAAGUCCGACCUUUGCUUAGCUUGUUGGAGAAAGAACCUCCUUCAAGACUUGUUUCUGGUCAACUAGACUACGUGAAGCACAUCGCUGGCUUAGAGAAACAUGAAAGUAUACUUCCUCUUCUGCGUGCAUCUAUUGAUACUAUGCCUAGAUAUUACAGUAAAACGAUGUCAAAGAAAGUUAUGGCUAUUGAGAGUGCCGCUUCUGCAUCUGGUGUACUGUCAGGUUCUGGUGUUCUAAAUGCUAGACUUGGAAGUGACACAUCAUCUGGUUUACUUUCCCAUAUGGUCACUACGCUGAGUGCAGAGGUCGCAAGUGAAUACUUGGAGAAAGUGGCUGAUCUGCUUCUUGAAUUUGCUCGAGCUGAUACUACAGUUAAAUCAUACAUGUGUAGCCAAAGCUUACUGAGUCGUCUUUUCCAGAUGUUUAACCGUGUAGAACCUCCUAUUCUGCUAAAGAUACUGAAGUGCGCCAAUCAUUUAUCCACUGAUCCAAAUUGCUUGGAGAAUCUUCAGCGUGCAGAUGCAAUUAAGCACUUGAUCCCCAACCUUGAGCUUAAGGAGGGGAAUCUUGUUUAUCAGAUCCAUCAUGAGGUACUUAGUGCACUAUUCAAUCUGUGCAAGAUAAACAAGAGGAGGCAAGAACAAGCGGCUGAAAAUGGAAUCAUACCACACCUGAUGCUUUUCGUCAUGUCGGAUUCUCCUCUGAAACAGUAUGCAUUGCCACUACUGUGUGAUAUGGCUCAUGCAUCUCGCAACUCAAGAGAGCAGUUAAGGGCUCACGGUGGUCUGGAUGUUUACCUGAGUUUGCUAGACGAUGAAUAUUGGUCCGUGAUUGCCUUAGAUUCUAUUGCUGUUUGCUUGGCGCAAGACAAUGACAACCGCAAGGUGGAACAGGCGUUGCUGAAAGAUGAUGCCAUUUAUACAUUGGUUAACUUCUUCCAGAGCUGUCCAGAGAGACAUUUUGUGCACAUACUGGAACCAUUCUUGAAGAUUAUAACGAAAUCAUCUCGAAUCAAUACGACAUUGGCUGUAAAUGGAUUGACUCCGUUGCUUAUUGCAAGGCUAGACCACCAAGAUGCUAUUGCUAGACUUAACCUACUGAAACUCAUAAAGGCUGUUUAUGAGCACCAUCCAAGGCCAAAACAGCUGAUUGUAGAGAAUGAUCUCCCUCAGAGACUCCAGAAUCUGAUUGAAGAGCGACGUGAAGGGCAACAUUUAGGAGGACAAGUUCUGGUAAAACAAAUGGCAACAUCCCUCCUCAAAGCACUUCACAUUAACACCGUCUUGUGAGAGAGUCCAAAACCAACCUCUGCCUUGGGACUGUACACUUCCAUUUUUUGCAGGAAGGAUAUACUCAAAAGUGAAUAUUUUUAUCUUCUUUUCCAUUAACAAAAGUUUUGUAUUUGUUGAGUUGUGUGGCUCUCUUGAGUUUUUUUAGUAGAGAUGCCAACACUUGAUCGUUUGGGUGAUACUUGAUUGUUUGAUUUGCUGAUACAUAAAUUUGUAAUCAUUCUUUAUUCUUUCAUAAUAGC